GGAGUUCCUGCAUGGCUCGGACGCCUUCUGCACCAGCAUGGCCAGCGGGAUGCUCUCGGCCAUGCUGGAGAAGCUGCGGAGCGCCGCCGGCAGCGACGGGCAGCAGUGCCAGAUCCUGCAGCAAGUCAGCAGCCUUGAGGAGGGGCUGGUGCAGCGCGGAGCGGGCUGGGGCGGGAAGAGCCGGGAAGAGGCUGGGAAGCAGCCGGGCGGCUUCGGAGCGAGGCGCUGCCCGCAGAGCCGCCACGGGAAGCAGCCCGGAGGCAUCCGGCUGCGCCUGGCUCCCUGCUGCCAUUUUGGGAAGUGGCUAAUUUGGGAACCUGGUCAAGAGGUAAGCGCCAGGGCCGGGGGGCGGCGCGCGGGGCCGGCCCGCGCUCACCCCCUGCCCCGCAGCUCCUUCCUGGUGGAGAAGCAGCCGCCGCAGGUGCUGAAGACGCAGACCAAGUUCCAGGCCAGCGUCCGCUUCCUGCUGGGCCCGCGGCUGCUGCAGGCGCCGGCCAAGCCCUACGCGGUGCGGGCCGACAUGGUGACCGAGAAGCAGGCACGGGAGCUGGCGCCCAGCGCUGCCAGCAGACCGCUCAGGGCAGCGCACAACGUGGUGGCCCUGGAGACCAACCCCACGAGCGCGACCUGCUGCGCCAACUUCAAGAAUGUGCUGCUGAAGAAGAUCAAGCGCUGCGAGCGCAAGGGCUCCGAGUCGGUGACAGAGGAGAAAUGCGCCGUCCUCUUCAGCACCACGGUGGUGCUCGCGCCCAGCAACCUCACGGUGCAGCUGCAGGUGCUGUCGCUGCCCAUCGUGGUCAUCGUCCACGGGAACCAGGACAACAACGCCAAGGCCACGGUGCUGUGGGACAAUGCCUUCUCCGAGAUCGACCGGGUGCCCUUCGUGGUGGCCGAGCGGGUGCCCUGGGAGAAGAUGUGCGACACGCUGAACCUCAAGUUCAUGGCGGAGGUGCAGACCACCAAGGGGCUCCUCAAGGAGCACUACUUCUUCCUGGCCCAGAAGAUCUUCAACGACCACAGCGCCAGCCCCGAGGACUUCCAGAGCCGCAGCGUCUCCUGGGCCCAGUUCAACAAGGAGAUCCUGCCCGGCCGCGGCUUCACCUUCUGGCAGUGGUUCGACGGCGUCCUCGACCUCACCAAGAGGUGCCUCAAAAGCUACUGGUCUGACAGGCUCAUCGUGGGCUUCAUCAGCAAGCAGUACGUCUGCAAGCUGCUGAGCACGGAGCCCGACGGCACCUUCCUGCUGCGCUUCAGUGACUCGGAGAUUGGCGGGGUCACCAUCGCCCACGUCAUCCGGGGCCAGGACG